UCAGGACCAAGGGGAGCAGUAGGCUACUUAGCCACCCCUGUCCCGAUACCCGGGUCAUAUUUUAAGAGGUGAUAUAAUCAAAACUUAGGGCGAUUAAAUGUUAGGGUGGACGUCUCCGUGACGUUUCACUUAUUAGUUUUCUCUUACCACCUCUCAGUUUUCGGAAAAGUCGCGACAAUGGAGGUGCCCGAAUUUUUCCCACCUCCUGAAAACUUAACGGCGGCUGUCGUGCACCCGUUAUGCGAAGAAUGGAAGGGGGGAUCCGAGGUUGCCAUCUUCCACCUCGCCAGUAUCUUCCUUGUUUUGGGGUUCAUGGGAGGGAGCGGGUUCUAUGGGCUCCUCUACUUGUUUACCUUUCUGACGCUCGGUUUCUUCUGCACAACCAUUUGGUCAUGGUCGGACGACUGCACCACCGACACCUUUUUGUGGAAUUUCGCUCUCUUUGGGGUAUGUGCGGUUCAAGUUGUGCACGUCGCCUACCGGCUGAGGAACGUUACUUUCGAAAAGGAGUUUCAAGAUCUGUACAGCUACCUGUUCAAAAAGCUGGGGGUGUCGCUCACCCACUUCGGCAAGAUAGUCGCCUGUUGUGAAGGGGACAUCCACACUAUAGAGAAAGACCACUGUUUUGCCAUGGAGGGCAAGACUGCUAUUGAUAAGCUGUCCGUUCUUCUGUCCGGCAGAAUUCGUGUGACAGUAAAUGGAGAGUUUUUACAUUACAUCUAUCCUUUCCAGUUUCUCGAUUCACCUGAAUGGGACUCUCUCCGGCCGUCAGAGGAGGGACUUUUCCAGGUGAGGAUCAGGAUGUCUGCCUCUCCAGAGAUGACCAGUAGCCUGUUCUACACCACCCUGGCCCCCCUGCGGUCGGCAGUCCCUGGGUCUGUACCCGGGGCUGGAGGUGGAGGUCUGGUGAUGACCCCCAUGGAGCCCAACACAACCUCCUGUGAGGAGUGGGAGGAGGCCCACCACCUGCUCUUCCACCUGGGGAACCUGUCUCUCCUCCUGGGCCUGGUCAUCCCCACCACCCUGACCCUGCACAUGAUCCUGCUGCGCCUCAUGCUGAUGACAGGAAGCUGUCUGUUCAUCAUCUGGGCAACGCUGUACCGGUGUAACUUGGAUGUCAUGGUGUGGAACGUGGUCUUCCUGCUGGUCAACUUCAUGCACUUCUUCUACCUGGUCUACAAACGCAGACCUAUUAAGAUUGACAGGGAGCUGAAGUCAGUGUACAAGCGGAUGUUUGAGCCCCUUCACGUGCGCGAGGCCCUGUUCCAGAGACUGACGGGCCAAUUCUGCACCAUCCAGAGCCUGAAGAAGGGACAGGUGUAUGCUGCCGAGGACAAGACCUCCGUGGACGAGCGCCUCAGUAUCCUCCUUAAAGGAAAAAUGAAGGUGUCAUAUCGAGGUCAUUUCCUCCAUAACAUCUACACAAAUGCCUUCAUCGACUCCCCUGAGUUCAGAUCAACCCAGAUGAACAGAGGAGAAAAAUUCCAGGUGACCAUCAUGGCGGAGGAGAAUUGUAAGUUCCUGUGUUGGUCCAGAGAGAGGCUCACCUACUUCCUGGAGUCUGACUCCUUCUUGAACGAGGUGUUUAGGUACCUCAUUGGCAAAGACAUCACCAACAAGCUGUACUCGCUCAACGACCCCACUCUCAGUGACAAGGCAGCGAAGAAGAUGGAGCGUCAGCCCAGCCUGUGCUCCCAGGUCUCUAUGAUGCAGAUGAGGAACAGCAUGGGCAGCACCAGUGACACCGACGACAUCCUGAACCAGAUCCACCGUGGAGGCUCCAGUGGCUCUUCAUAUCAAAAAUCUCCUGCCUCCAAGACAUCCAAAACGAUGAAGCCCAUUGAAGAAAAAAUAGAAGACGACGUCUUUAUAGAGUCUGAGCCAGACUCUCCUGUUAAGAAACGCCACACCCCCACGACAGCCAUAGAGGAGGUGUAAGGAGAUGUGACAUUAUCCUACAACAACAGUGUGACCACCCACCUAUCCUGUAAUCUGAUACAGACCCUGGUUUGUUAUGGUAGAAUAACUUAAAACAAUAGCUUGAAAAAGGCUUUUACAUUAUCAAAAUAUCCAUCUACAUAUAGCUGGAAAACAGAACUGUACAUUUUAGCAUCUCACUUUGUCUUGUAGUGUUUGGUAUUAUUGUGAGUUUGUAGCUGUUGUACUUUUUAAAUCCUGUUUGAUUGGAUGUUGUACAAUGCCUUUGCUUAGCUCUUAUACUCAGUGAGUGUUCAAAAAGUAUUACGUGUCACAACCAAAACAUUUUAGUGUAAGCACAACCUCUGAGGAAGGUUUCUUUUAAACCUUUUACUCAUUGUGUUACAUAUUGUGUGAUUAAUUCUCUUAUUUAUGCACUGAGCUUCUGCAGUGUUGUGUUUUGAUGAAUGUAAAGAUUUAACAAGUUAAACCUCCUGGUCAAUGCUAA